AUGGUGGGUGAUAAGGGUCAUUCGCCGCCGCUGGCCGUAGGCGACGCACUUAUCCCAGAUGCCAUCGGCACUCUGGACCCUCUUCCCCAGAUCAAGAGGUCCAAGUCUAGAGAGAAAGUUAUGACCGUCCAACCACGGGUCGUUCAUGUGAGGGAAACUGCAUGGGCGUUCCAAGCCAGCGGUAUGAGAGGUCGGAAAGAGCCAGAAAACGACUCUGUGGCUGGAAAUAAUUUCCAAUUGGAUGAGCGAGUGACACAAGGUCAAAGGGCCGUCAACGUGAUCGGUAAGCUCUAA